ACAAGGACCCUCCCAUAUCUGAAAAUUUUUCAGUGGAAGUGUUUUGUAGUUCAGGCAAUUUCUUUGUUAUUGUCAAGUUUAUUGGCCGCCAUCGACGAUACUACGUGAGCAGUGAGUAAAAGCAGAAGGCAGCUAGCUAGCAACACACACACACACACAGAAGUCAUGGGCUAUCGUAUGUGCACGGGUCUCGUCAGCCUAUGCCUGUUUCUCGCCACGGCGUCGGCCGUCGUAGCGUUCUUCGUCGACUUCUGGGGAGAGUUUGUGUUUGCGAACGUCGUGCAUGGCGGAACGUUUGGCCUGUGGAGAGUCUGUCCCGUCAGGCUCACCCACAAGACAUGCGACUGGAUCCACAAGGACCUGCCCAAUCUCGAUAGGUUGAAUGGCAUACCUAAUUGGUUCCUCGCCUGUGAGAUCAUGUUUACUAUAUCGACUGGCUCGCUGGUAUUCUGCCUCAUCCUGCUGCCUUUCUAUGGAUGCCUGUGCUCUAAGGGAGGUGGCUGCUUCAACUUCAUGGGCCGCAUGAUCUACUCCACGCUCGUUCUUGCUGCGCUGGUGAUGGGUGUUGGACUGCUGGUGUUCGGACUGGAGGUGCAUCUGGGAGACAGAGAAGUGAUCCUGGGGAAGACCGUUCACGGACUGGAGUGGGCGUUCUGGCUCAUGGUCGGCUCGUGGGCCAUGACGGCUAUCUCGGUGUCCGUGAUGUUCCUCGCACACCGACGGGCCCUCGACUAGAAGCGACCGCGCAGCAGGACGAUAGACUGGCGACGUCCACCGUCAUCAUUGCCUCGGGGUCUGACCGUUGUGGGUCGGGCGCCGCGAGAGAGCUAAACUAGAGAGACAGUCUAUAGUAGUGACUGCGUGUGUGUGCUGCUUGCAUUCGUGUUGUGAUGUCGGUGAUGUUAGGUGAUGUCAGGUGACGUCUGAUGAUGUUUGCUGAUGUCAGGUGAUGUUAGGUGACAUCAGGCAACGUCAGGGGACGUUAAGUGACGUCAGGUGACAUCGGGGGAGGUUAGGUGAUAUCAGGUGAGGUCAGAUGAUAUAAGGUAAUGUCAGAUGACGUUAGGUGACGUUUGCAUGUAGGAUACCCGCAGGUACAAUAUCGUCGUUUGAGAAUAUUUGUCUGCCGCGUGGCAGCGAAUGGCCGACCAGCCUGAAACGAGCAUGUUUCUAGGAAGCAGAUUACCGUAGUAGGUGGCGGGCUGCUAAGCGUCUACACUAGCGUUGAACAGAUAGAGAAAGGUGCAUUUAACCAUCGUCGACUGUUGGAAGACGUUUCCAGUAAAGUCGCUGUCUGCUGAUAGUAUAACAUCCAGCUUGCUAAUAACAUCAGGUACUGUUCUCACGUCUGCGCCGUGCAUCUGUGUACCUGGUGGUCGUAUGCCCUCACGCUCCUUCUCUGCUCAUUUCUCACUUGCUAGUCUAGUGCUGGCUGCCCUCACAUUUACAUGUUUGAGCAGCGUGGUUCGAAACUGCUAGAAUUCUGACUACUUCACAGAAUCAUCUGAAUAUGUACUAUUACUCGAGCUGUUGGUACUGGUUGACAUUGGUAGCAUGCAUGAUUGUGGUUUCGUGGUAUUUAUCCUAUAAUAAUAGUAGAUGUUAAUCUCUCACAUUAAGCGAAACGCCUGCGAAUCAAUUAUUUUGAAUAAUUUAUCUCGUAUUCGUUAAAAGCGAGUCUAAUCAAAGGUAGUGAGAAAUAUGAUUGAAAUAUGAAAUAGGUUGUUUGUUGAAAUUACCUGUGCGUAUCGUAACGUUGUAAGCCACAUUAUGUGUAUAUGAUUCAAAUACGUCUUAUUCAUGAGUUCUGGUAGAAUUCACCUGUAGAGUAUAUAUUUUCGCACUUGAGACAUAAUAUCGAUAUCUUUAAUUUGGAAAGAUAUAUUAUUAGUUUUAUCAGGUUUAUAAAGAUAUUAUUUUUAUGCUUACACACAUAUAUAAUGAUACUAAGACACUUGAAUCGAUUUAGGUAUAUGUGUCAGCUAGACAUGAUACAUAAAUGACUGUACCGUAGGUAGUUGCAUGGUAGGUAGUCUAUAAUGCUGUCGUUGUUGAUGUUUAUAAACGUGUGUAUGUGUGCGCGCGUGCGUGCAUUCGUGCGUGCGUGAAUGAUCGUUUUAUGAAAUCUAUUACGUGGCAGCAAAUCGGCACAGCUUCCCAAGAUCUGCUGAGUGGUGUCUGCUUUGCAUUUAUUUAUCUCUCUCGCUCUGUAUGCUGUAUACUUCUCAGCGGUAUGCUUCCACGCCUACCUGAUGUUCUGCCCUUCUCAGUCACAUACUCAAUGCUCUGUCCAAGCAUCCCACCAUCCGCAGGGUUCCUAAAUCUCAGCAUCUCUGCAUCCGUGCAUCCCAGCAUCAUUGUAUUCAUGAAUACCAGCAUCCCAACGUGCCAGUAUCCUAGCAUCCAUGCCUCCGUGCAUGCUAGCAUCCAUGCAUACUAGCAUCCCUGCAUCCCAGCAUUGCGGCUGGCCCUCAGAUGCUAUGCCUAUAUUUAUAUUUCAGGCGAUGCAUUCGAUAUGUAUACUGAAUCGCUCUAUCGCACACACGAUUAAAACUACGAUAGAAUUCUCAGCAUGUUUGUCUAUGCCCACGCUUGUAUUCAUCAUGAAUGUAAUGUAGUGGUUUUAUUAACCAGCUAAUUAAAUGCUGGUUUAUUAUGAUUUAUGCUUUUAUAGCUGACAUGGAGACGUGGUGUUUAAAACCAAUAUUAUUUCUGUAAUCCACACUGUUGAAUAGGCCGUUGGCCCUUCAAUAUUAUUACAGGUUUACCACUUAUAUAUUAAACUGUUUCUACAUUGUUUUAAAAGCACUUUUCACAUGUUUUUUAACAACCCAUUGCACUUGUUUAUCUGAUAUCCUGCGUAAUAUUUUUAGCAUAAUAAUAGAUUUAAAGCUGUGGUAUUUACUUGUGAAUGACGCAUAAUAACUAUUAGGAAGUCUUGUAUGUAUCGUUUUUACGGCCUUUUUUCAUUUUAACCGUGUUAGUGUAAUAUUGCAUUAUGAACUGUAGUGUCGUUACUUGUGCGCGUGUGUAUUUUGUACGAUUGUGAAACGAUUUCUACUGUAGGCCUACCUAUGUUUAAAUGUAUUUAUGACCGCGACACAGCGUGUAAAGGACGCCUGGCUCGGGGUAAAGUUCAACUAUAAUAGAAGGCCCGUUAUUGUUUCGUUACGGAUUCAAUUUGUCUCUGGACGUGAUCUAACUGAUACAUCUGUAACCGAUUCAUCCAUCCAGUUUACGUAACAAUGCGUAAUACUAUCGCCUACUAUACCGUACUAUAACAUACUGUAACGUGCUGACGCGUGCUAUGAUAUACUAUGUCACUAACUGUAACGUGCUACUCUGUGCUGACGCGUGCUAUGAUGUACUAUCUCACGCACUGUAACGUACUAUUCCGUGCUGACGCGUGCUAUAAUAUACUAUGUCGCGUACUGUAAUGCACUAUUCCGUAUUAUCAUGAAUCGUACGCCAAUGCGAUCGCCACCCUAUUUUAUCCUUUACAAAGUUAUAGAUUUUUAUACAAGAUAAUUACUAGUUUCCAAGGUAUCGCGUAGUGUGGUUGUAGUUGGUUUAUCCUACUUUAAUUUAUUAACGUUUAUAAGUGAUCGAUGAUUAUAAUGUUUUUAAUUCAGAUUGUAGGUUCGCAGGCAUAAAUUAUGAUAGGUUACGUAUAAUAUACACGUGAUUGUUUUCGGCGGGCGGUCGCUUAUAGAUCCAUCGCCAUAUCUUUUAUUACAUUAGUGUGAAUAGCUAUUUUUGUAUGUCUCGUAUUUGCUACAUCCCUUUAGGGGAUUUGUGUUUUUCUCAUACAUGUGUAAAUGCAUUCGUAUGUGUAAUGUGUGUAAACGUGCUGCUGCUGCUGCUGCUGCUGCUGCUACUGCUGCCGUGCGCGUGUCGUCGUGUAUUGUCGUGCUCUCUCCUAUGGCUGGCAGGAAGGAUGGCAAUUACUGCAUAAUCUGCCCCCCAAUCGUAUUCGCGCCCGAAUCUCUAAUAUAACAGAUCUCUCGAAUUUCCAGCUAAAUACUCUGGUAUGGUACUCUACUAUGGUCGAGACCGUCUAACAAUAAUAUUUUACUUUUGACUGAUAGCAAUGUUUACAGUUUGCUUAAACGUAUAGACCUCGGGGUGUUGAUAUAAUAUGUUAAUUAUGUUUAAAAAAAUAAUUUUGGUUUAUUUUCGCCAUUGAAUUUGAUUGAAACUCGUAAUUGCUAUUUGAUAUUAUCAGGAGUGAGAUACUCGUAUACUACUCAUAGCAAUCGAUAGUAAUCGUCAAUGGUAUUUCUGCAAAAUAAAAUUCUGUAGUCUUUAAAAAGAUCUGAUUGGUUGGCCGCAAUCGAUUACUGAUAAUUUGGAUGAAAUACAGGGCUGAUCUAUCAUGAAUGAUCGUAUAUCAGUUUCUUUAUCUCGCUCCCUGUGAUGUAACGACCACCUGUAACGAGGAUGCUAUAUAUAACCAAUAAAUUGUCAGCUGUCUUAUUACACAAA